UCAAACUGACACUCGAUGGACUUUCUAUAUAUUACCCCGGACCCGAUUGGCGAGUGGCAUCUUUCCGCAUUCGUAAUUUGGUGCGCUGUCGUCUUCUUCUUCUACACGGCGGUGAUUUCUUCCUCGGUGAGCAAAGUUUCUUCAGUUACUCUUUUCAUGGGGAAUGCGCGUGGGAUUGCUUCGGCGUUUCUUGUUGUGACGAUCGUUCUUCUUCCGCUGAUUCUCUCGGUUUCUGCGGAAGGAUUCGUGAGGGUCGCGCUGAAGAAGAGACCGCUGGAUGAGAUCAGCAGGACUGCUGCAAGGCUUGUUAAUGAUGAGGCGGAACCCCUUAAAGCAAGAGGGAUUGGCCUCAGCGGAGUUGGGGAUGGGUCAGAGGAGGAUAUUGUACGGUUAAAGAAUUACAUGAAUGCUCAGUACUAUGGGGAGAUCGGCAUCGGCUCGCCUCCGCAGAAGUUCACAGUGGUAUUUGAUACUGGAAGCUCGAACCUAUGGGUUCCAUCGGCAAAGUGCUACUUUUCGGUCGCUUGCCUUUUCCAUUCAAAGUAUAAGUCCGGCAAAUCAAGCACCUAUAAGAAGAAUGGGCAAUCUGCUGCGAUUCAAUAUGGAACUGGGGCGAUUGCUGGGUUCCUCAGUCAAGACCAUCUUACUGUUGGCGACCUUCUCGUGAAAGAUCAGGUUUUUAUUGAAGCCACUAGGGAGCCAGGUGUCACUUUCUUGGUGGCGAAAUUUGAUGGCAUACUUGGUCUAGGAUUUAAAGAAAUUUCAGUUGAUAAGGUGGUACCUGUAUGGUACAACAUGGUGGAUCAAGGUCUUAUUAAAGAUCCUGUUUUCUCUUUCUGGUUAAAUAGGAACUCUAAGGAUGGUGAGGGAGGUGAACUAGUGUUUGGAGGUUCUGACCCUAAACAUUACAAGGGUGAACACACUUAUGUCCCCGUGACUCUGAAGGGCUACUGGCAGUUUAAUAUAGGUGAUGUUCUUGUUGGUGGUAAAAAAACUGGUUUCUGUGCUGGCGGCUGUGCAGCUAUAGCUGAUUCUGGUACUUCUUUGAUUGCUGGACCAACUACAAUCAUUACAGAAAUUAACCAGAAAAUUGGAGCUGCUGGUGUUGUUAGCCAAGAAUGCAAAUCAGUAGUUGCUCAAUACGGGCAACAAAUUCUGGAUCUGUUGCUGGCCGAGGCACAACCAACGACGAUAUGCUCUCAGAUUGGUCUCUGUGCCUUUGAUGGGACUCACUCAGUAAGCAUUGGCAUUGAGAGCGUGGUGAAGGACAAUGGGGCUACAUCUUCCCUUGGUAGGAGUGAUGCCAUGUGCACUGCCUGUGAAAUGUCUGUUGUUUGGAUGCAAAAUCAGUUGAAGGAGAAUAAAACACAGGAGCUCAUACUGAACUAUGUCAACCAGCUGUGCGAGCGACUUCCUAGUCCGAUGGGUGAGUCCGCCGUCGAUUGCGGUGCCAUUUCUUCAAUGCCCGGCGUUUCCUUCACCAUUGCCGGCAAGACGUUCGACCUAACAGCUGAGCAGUAUAUUCUGAAAGUUGGCGAGGGAGCAGCCGCCCAAUGCAUAAGUGGAUUCACAGCUUUGGACGUGGCCCCUCCUCGUGGUCCUCUAUGGAUUCUGGGAGACGUAUUCAUGGGAGUCUAUCACACAGAGUUCGACUACGGAAACCUGAGGGUUGGGUUUGCGAAAGCUGCUUAAUGUAUAGACAGCUCUGCUAAUACUACAUAAGAACGUUUCAGGACAAAGGAAAACACUUGUUAUGCAAAGUUAGGAUUGUAAUGUGCUAUACUAAUUUUGUUUUAAGACAUACAAACUUCAUUUUCUUCUUAUGGGAAUGAAUGUUAAUGUGCUAUACUAAUCUGUGUUUCCUUUUUUUUAUUUUUUUGGUAUUUAGCUGUUAAAAA